AUGGCAUUACUUGUUUAUGUUGAUGAUGUGUUGCUAGUAAGUGAUGAUUUGCAGCAAAUUCAGCUCUUGAAGAAGUUCUUACAUGAUCAAUUUACCAUUAAAGACUUGGGACCAUUGAAAUAUUUUCUUGGUCUAGAAAUAGCAAGAUCAAAAACUGGUAUUUCACUUUGCCAAAGAAAAUAUGCCUUGGACAUAUUACAAGACACUGGUAACAUAGGCUCAAAGCCUGCUGCUUUUCCAAUGGAAUCAAAUCUCAAUCUCACUGCUGAUAAUCCAGAGCUUUAUGAAGAUCCAUCAAAAUAUAGGAAACUGGUUGGUAGAUUGUUAUACUUGACAAUCACCAGACCAGAUCUUGCAUAUUCUGUCAAAGUGUUAAGUCAGUUUCUAGCAAAACCAGCUGUCAGCCAUCACAAAGCAGCAAUGAGGGUCCUCAGAUAUCUGAAAGCUACACCUGGGCUGGGUUUGCUUUUCUCAUCAUCUUCAGAACUUCAGCUCAAAGCCUUUUCAGACAGUGACUCGGCAGAGUAUCGAACUCUUGCAGCUACAACAUGUGAGGUGCAAUGGUUGGUCUAUGCCUUGCAGGACUUGCAGAUUGAUCAUCAACAGUCGACAGCUUUAUACACAAAUAACAAAUCAGCAAUGUCUAUUGCCACCAACCCAAUUCAGCAUGAAAGAACUAAGCAUAUACAAAUUGACUGUCACCUGGUUCGAGAGAAAUUGCAAGAGAAGCUUAUCAAGCUGCCUUACAUUCCCUCUCGGCUACAGUUGGUUUUUUAUGAAGCCAAUGUCAAUGCUUUACAGGAGGGGGAAUCAUUGUUAGAGGAGAAACUCCAAAACUCACCGAGAGAGAAGGAGAAGCGAAAGAGCUGGGUUAAGUGGCCAGUGGCGAGCAUGGAUGGCCGCAGAGCACUGUAA